ACAUCCAUAGGCUUGGUGGUGUUUCAGAAUAGCUUAUUUUCUUUGGUACAACAAACUACAAAGAACAAAUUCAAAACACCGCUAAAAGUUCUAAGAAUUGCCAUAAAAUGUGGAUAACGGCAAUGUUGUGCCGUCGACAUGUCCCAGGGCGAAUUUUCUCUGGAAAACAUCGAGUUGCUGUUAAAGGUACCAAAUUCCAAAGAAAGCGAAAAACUUUGAACAACAAGCAAAUUGAAAAUAAUGAAAAACUGCUCAGUUAUCCAUUUUUUACUGUGACCGAGGAACAUGCACAUGCAACCACAAGAAAUGAAGAACAACGAAGAGAAUUCUUUGCUAAUAUUAAAAGAAAAAGAAAUUUUGGAAAGCCUACCAUACUUAAUACAACUUCUGCAAGAACUGGCGGACACUUAAAACAUUUGGAUGUGGCAAGAAAUUAGUUUAUUGACAAUUUUAAGUUCGCAUUUGUCAGUUUUCAAACAAUGAAACAAUAUAUCAAAGCUUUCAUGCAGCAUACCUGAUAUUUGGUAAGAAACAUCACAAGAUUUUUCAUUGUAUUUCUCAGGAAGAGCCCCAUGUCUAGUGUCUUGUCAACAUGAGUUGAGUUGUGUUUUAAAAUUUAUACCUCAUAAUCUUUCAUUGUAACUCCAAUGUAUCAAAUGGGUUUGAUGAUUAAAGAUCUUUCCUUAUGAUGGCAUAAAGUAUGC